AGUCAUUUUCGAUGUUUCGAUGUGUUUUCACCGAGUUUUUUGCAUAACUGCCCGAGCGAGCAGCGUCUCCCUUUUGGGGAGGUAUUUAUGUAACCCGCUGACCACUUGACGCGCCCAUAGAUACAAUUGUAUCUUUUUGCUGUGUAUCGCCGGCUACGUCUGCUCGUCGAGCUCGCACUGAUAGUUGCUGCCUAAAAAUAAACUGUGCCACUUUGCGGUGCCAUCGUCAGGCGUCUGCUUAAUAUAGCCACAACACUAAUUAAAUGUCAAAAUUACGCAUAAAAGCGCUUAGAUUCAAGAAUUUAUAUACAAUUCGGCUAAUCUUAAAUGUUGGCGUUGGAAUUUUCAAAGCCAAUUCGAAUAUGCAAUAACUUUUGUAUGCUAAGCGCUCUUCGAAAUACUUAAAAAAUGUCACAUGACGGUUGGGGCUACAUAUUACAGUAGCAGGUGGUCUAACUGAUGAUAAUAUCUUUUGAUGGUCAACCAUGUAAUUUAGAUGUUAAAAAUAAUUGGAGAUUAAGAUCGAUACUACAAGAAAACGACUGAGAAAGAGAUAAAAGACAGUACAUAUAUAGAAAGAUAUCUGGAAGUCCGAUAAUAUAAAGAUUAAAUAUGGAUAGAAGAUAGUGUAAAGACAUAGCUGAAAUAUAGUAAAUAUAUAGAUGAGAAAGAAAUAGAAAUAUAGAUGAAAGAAAAAUGGAGGAUACUUUGAAUGUAAAUAAGAGAUAGACAGGUAGAAGUUGAAAGGAAGAUAUAUGGAGAACAGGUCAAAGAUAGAUAUAAGACAGUCGAAAGAUAAAAGCGACAGAUAAAAGAUGUAAGGAAGAAAGAUAGCUUUUAAAGGAAAGUGUAUAGUGGGCAGAUAAUCGAAGACAGAUAGCUACAAGACAGAUGGAAUGGAGAUAAAAUGAAGGCAGAUAGAUGGAAGAUAAAUAAAUGAAAAAUUGAAGAUAAAGUUUCGAAACUGCAAUAUGUUGGCGUUGCAACCACAAACCUAAGCACACAGCAAAAACGUUACGUACAACAACAAGAAAUUCGUUGAGCUGUUCGACUUUCAGGCUUGAAAGACCCAACUGUUGACUGCUCUGACAUGACUAGGAAGUCAGUGGAGUUGAUAAAAUGCAUUAUCAGCGGGGAAGACGAAGAUGAAGAUCCGCAACAUCAACAGCAACAGCAACAGCAGGAAGGGCAAGCCAUGAAAUUGAAAAGUGUUAAACAAGUCUACGAUAUGAUAACCUAAAUUUCCUGCCAGAAAGCGGCGAAUUUAUUUCAACUGGAACAGAGAACUCUAACAGAAAACGAAUACAAAUAAAACCAAGAAAAUCAAAACAAAAACCCACAACGAAACGAAAGUAAAGGGAUAUAUAUAAAUUUAUACAUAUAUAUUUUUUUUAUGUUAUUGAAACGGGGCGUUCAUAUGUUUCAACGAUAUUUAAGGGCGUGCCGCACGCCCAGCAACAACUGACAAACUGAGGGGGCAGUGCCCAACAGCAACAGUCGCAACAAUUUUAUAAACAACAACAAGUACUUGAAAAACUGAAAAAAAAAAACAUCAGCAACAACAACUAAAAACUCUUGUGAAACUGCAGUUGUAAUCUUUCAUGCGAAGAAACCUGCGUUUGGAUUGGAGGGCCCUGGCGAUGCUGGGCGCCCUCCUUUCGUUUAUCAUAGCCUGGUCGGGUCUGGUGUAUGCAUUGCCAGCGCAAACGGCGAUAUCGAACCAACAACAAGCCACAAACAAUACGCAAGCAAACGUAAAUAAUAUCAUUAACAACAACAACACUAACAGCAACAGCAACAGCAAUAGCCGUAAUCAAUAUAGUAGUAAUAGUUCUAUACAAAGUGAUCAUAGUCGUAAUAGUCGUCUCGUAGUGCUGAAGAGUGAACAUAGUUUAGAUCAAAAUCAAAGUAUUAGUGCUGAAUUUAAUAUGCGAACGUUAAACAUAACAAAUCCAUCAACUGCCAUAAACUCAAUUACCGCAACAACAGCAACACCCAGCAGCAGCAGCACAACAGCAACACCCAGCAGCAGCAGCAGCACAACAGCAGCAACAAUUGCUGAUGUGGAUCCUUUGGGUUUUGUAUUUUCAUCGGCGCCACGUGAACAUUUGGCAAUACUCUCACGCACAGAGCGCAGCAUACGACAUCAGCAUCUGCAUAUGCAUCAUCAGCAACUGCAUAACAGACAGCAGCAACAAUCGCCUGUUGCUGCUGCUUCGUCUGCUGCUGCUGCUGCUGCUGUUGCCGGCAACAGCAAUUUCAUUGGUUCGAAAUCGAAAAGACUGAAUAACUCUAGAAAUAAUCUACACAUAAAUAGUAGCAGUAACAACAAUCCCAAUAGCAACAUCAACAACAAUAAUCCCAGCAAUUUGGAUCGCAACGAACGUUCCACCAUCUCCCAUAUGGCGGGUGUAUCGCGCAAAAUCCAGUUAUAUAUCAAGAAUCGUAUACUACAGCUGCUGCCAGAUGGUACUGUAAAUGGCACACAGAACGAGCAGAGUGAAUACACCAUUCUGCAGCGCUCAACUGUGGAUGUGGGUCGUAUUAAGAUACAAAGUGUGGCCACCUGCUUGUAUCUGUGCAUGGAUGCUUGUGGCGCAGCCUAUGCCUCGAAAGACUUCACCGACGACUGUGUAUUCAACGAGAAUGUGGAGCUGCAUAAUUACAACACAUAUUCCUCCACAUACAACUCGAAUUCGAGGCGAAAAUUCUAUUUGGCGCUUAAUCGUUAUGGUGCGCCGCGUCGUACGCAAAUUCCGGCCACCAGGACAUUGGGCAAGCUGUCCACGUACACGAAUGCGAUCACCGAGACGGUGCCGCAGGAGCGCGUCGAGCAGCUGAUAGCCAAGAAUUUUGGGGCCAAUCGCGUCCAGCAUGGCGUGCGCCAACUCUGUGAUACCGGCAAGCCGCUGAUAGAGCUCAUCGACGCGGCACACUUCACGCCGCGACCCAAGUGCAGCAGCAGCAGUGGCAGUAGCAGCAGCAGUAGCAGCAGCAGCAGUAGUAGCAGUAGUGUUCCUGAGCCUGAGUUCAGGUCCAGCAGCCUGCAUAGUAUUAGUAACAAUAGUCAAAGCGACAACGGCCAUAUUAGCAGUAGCAUUAACAGUAACACUAGCACUAGCAGUAAUAUUAGCAGUAGCAUUAACGGUAGCAAUAGCAGUAAAAUGAACCGGCCCAAGAAGAAAAAAAACCAGCGCAAGUGCCGACCAAAUGAUGAAAAUUGCCUGAAGCGGGUCGCGGCCGCCGGUGCGGGUGCGGGUGCUUUGCGCAAACGCGGCCCCAAGGGUCAAGGCGGCAAGAAGUCGCCUGGGGCGGCAACAGGCAAGCGCACACACGCAGCAACAGGCGCCAACAAGGGCACACAGCAAAAGCCCCGGGCCCAGGGCAACGCGGGUGGCAAAAAAAAGCACCCCAAAGGCGCCAAGGCGCGGCCCAAUGCGGGCGGCAAAAAGCAGCAAAGAGGCAACGCAGGAAAACGCCUUGUUACAAAGAGGUUGCAGCGCUUGCUAGAGCUGAGCAGCACGACAACAACAACAACAGCGGCAACAACAACGAGCAGCAGUAGCAGCAGAAUGGCCAGCAGCCUCGCAACGCCGAGUGACAGCUGGGAGAGCAGCUCGCCCCUGCCGGCGCUGGCGCUCAGCGAGACCAGCGAUCGGGUCGAGCGCAAUGUGCGCAUGCCCCCAGCCAGCGCUGAGGAGGACCUCGACGAGGAGGAGCACGACAACGAGCCAGAGACGGACUCGGAGGAGGAGAGCAGCGACGAGGAUGCACGUAGCUCCGCUGGAGACGAUUCGCUCUACUACGAUCAACUUGAUUUCCUCCAAUUGUUGUUCCUACAGCUGCUGCUGAUUAUGCUCUGGCUACAGCCGAGUACCGCCCUCUGAGUUGGUUAACUGGGAAUAUACAAGUAUCUAGACGUACCACCGAAACGCACAAGCUAUAGUUCCUGAUCUAAUUUAUAGGCCUAAGUUUCUAUUCAAAAUUGUAUACAUAAAUAUAUAUAUACGUACUAUAAAACCUAAAGUAUAGUUGUUAGAUAUAGGCACUUUUUGUUUAGCUUAAACACAAUUUCUAUUAUUUAAGACUGAAGACUAUGAAAUUAUAAGAGAGAAAAUGGAUAAUCAAAUUGCAUGAAAUAAAUUAUACUAUGCUUAAAA